AUGAACAUUUCACCUACGUCUAUCUUGUUUGUACUACGGAAUCAAACAGAUAAGUAUUUCAAAUUGUCAUGCCUUAUCAGGCAACAGUCAAAACCGUUUUCCCAAGGAGUUGCAUGGAACCCACCAGAUGAACUGUUUCCGAGGCCAGGGGAACUGUUUCCGAGGCCAGAUAAACUGUUUCCGAGGCCAGAGGAACUGUUUACGAGGCCAGAGGAACUGUUUCCGUGGUCAGAGGAACUGUUUCCGAGGCCAGAUAAACUGUUUACGAGGCCAGAGGAACUGUUUCCGUGGUCAGAGGAACUGUUUCCGAGGCCAGAUAAACUGUUUACGAGGCCAGAGGAACUGUUUCCGAGGAAAGAGGAACUGUUUCCGAGGCCAGAUAAACUGUUUCCGAGGCCAGAGGAACUGUUUCCGAGGCCAGAGGAACUGUUUUCUAGGCCAGAUAAACUGUUUCCGAGGCCAGAGGAACUGUUUACGAGGCCAGAGGAACUGUUUCCGAGGCCAGAGGAACUGUUUCCGAGGCCAGAUAAACUGUUUCCGAGGCCAGAGGAACUGUUUUCUAGGCCAGAGGAAACCGUUCUUCUGCUGAGUGUUUCGUUACGUGACCAACAUGACCAAUGA